UUCACUUUAAACUGCAUUUGGGUCCUAUCUGCUUCACACACCGUGACACAUUUAAAUGUUGAGAAACAUCUGAUUGGAUUAUAAACAGAUUUUUAUCCUCAUCAUGUUUUCUUUAUUCAGACUGAGGAGCUGCAGUUUGUCAGAGAUCAGCUGUUCUGCUCUGGCCUCAGCUCUGAAGUCCAACCUCCAUCUGAGAGAUCUGGACCUGAGAGAGAACGCUCUGCAGGAUUCAGGAGUGGAGCUGCUGAGAGAUCUUCUGGAGAGUCCAGACUGCAGACUGGAGACCCUCAGGAUCAGAGAUGAUGAGACGAUCAGAGCCAAGAUCCAGAAGACCUGAACUCCCAUCCCCCGAGUCCUGCGGCAGGAAGCGCUCCUUCUCUCCAAGAACUCCUGGACCCUGCAAGCUGGUCCAGAACCAGAGUCCCAGUGAGGAGUCCAGCCAGUCGACUUCUCAGAGUUCAACUAAACUACAACAUUAUUAAAGAUCAUGUUUAAAGUUAAAAAA